UCCAGCACGGGGCAUGGGGAGGGAUAACCCCCUUCCUGAAGGGGAAGAAGUGGGCUGAACAAGAGACGCUCUAAACCGUCUACGCCCGCAGGGCAGUGGGAUUCCUCGUGGCCAGAUCGCUGUGAAGUUGCUGCUCCGUGGGCUCGCCUACAUCCUCUUCAUUGCACUUCUAUGGUCAGCGAUCCGGUCGUGCCUUCCUCUGGGUGAUGUUGUCGUGACCGUCAUUGCCAGCAGUCCGAUCUUUCUCGUCGCUUCUGCACGCCUCCUGCUGAAGGAGGACAUACCUGCCGUCUGGCCGCUUCAGGUCGUCAUCUGCCUUGCAGGUGCCGCCUUGGUCAACAAGCCGAAGGCUGUCGACGCCGAGUGCCCGGCUUCUACUGCAUUGCUGCCUUUUGGCGCGGGCUUCGCAGGUGCCAUGAUGAACCUAGCAUCUCGUAGUCUCAAGGACCUCCCACCGGUGACCCUGUGCCUCUUCAACGACGUUGUCGCUGUGGCUUUCGGAAUGACGUGGUCUCUUCUGCUCACCCCGGACGAGUCGCCGUUCCCAGUCUCAGAGGAUCUCAGCACGAUGUUGGUCGUCGUGUCGGCUCUUGUUGGUUGGGUGGGCCUCCUGUCGAACGUCAAAGGCUACCAAUCCGUGUCCGUGAGCGCCGUAGCCAGCAUCGCCGGGUACGUGUCCGUGCCACUGAGCUAUGCUUCCCAGGUGUUUAUGUUCGGUCAGAUGCCUGACAGGUGGUCUACAGUUGGUACUUUUCUCAUAUGUGUAAUCAACGUUGCGGCGACAGUUCAGAAGUGGCGUGCGAUGAGCGCCGCAGCGAAGAGCGAUAGCGACUACGCGAGGCUGCCGCAUAGCUGCGACGGCACCGAGAAGGCAGAUCUUCACGUACCGUCGCUGAAGGACGUGGGCGUUGGAGCAUGACGCUGCGCGGCCAUGUCGUAUUUCUGACUUUCGCGCCGUUGGUUGCAAGCACACCCUGGUUAGCGAUGCCAGAGUAUGUCUGUAUGUUUCCUUAUUCCUUCUGGUUUUGUGCGCACGUUGCCGCUUCGACGAGCUAUUGUGGGGCGGACUCUAGGCAUAUCCUGCAUGCCCUCGCUGCAGUUUUCAUGUGAGCAAUUUUCAAGCUAAAGCAGCUCCCUUUUCUGCUAGAUCUUUCGAUUGAGCAAGUUGCACGAACAGCGACACGUCCGUCUAAUGCAAUGCGGUCGAAACAUACCUCGUGCCAUAGCCCAGCGCGAGUAAACCGCCAGUGGGUGAUCCUUCGUCAAUCGAGUGCCCGUUCUGUUCGAUGGUGU